UAAGUAAUUGUAAAUGGGUUGUACUUGUAUAGCGCUUUUGUACCCCUUUCAAGGAGCCCAAAGCGCUUUGACAGUAUUUCCACAUUGGCACAUUCACACACAUUCACACACUGACGGUGGGAGCUGCCAUGCAAGGCGCUCACAAGGACCCAUCAGGAGCAAGGGUGAAGUGUCUUGCCCAAGGACACAAGGGACGUGACUAGGAUGGUAGAAGGUGGGGAUUGAACCAGUAACCCUCAGAUUGGUGGCACAACCACUCUACCAACUUCGCCAUGCCGUCCCGUAUUCACAGUCUUUGCUCAAUACUUUGUUAAUGCAGCUUUGGCAGCAAUUACAGUCUCAAGUCUUUUUGAAUAUGAUGCCACAAGCUUGGCACACCUGUCAUUGGGCAGUUUGGCCCAUUCCUCUUUGCAGCAUCUCUCAACCUCCUUCAGGCUGGAUGGUAAGCAUUGUUUUUUUAUUCAGGAUGUCUCUGUACAUUGCUGCAUUCAAGGAGGUGACCAAGAACCCGAUGGUCACUCUGUCAAAGCUAUAGCAUUCCGGAAAGAGGAAAACCUUCUCGAAAGAGAACCAUCCCUGCAGAAAUCCAUCAAUCAGGCCUGUACGGUAUAGUGGCCAUUUCUUAGUCAAAAUGUUGCCAAAAUGCUUAUGAAAGACUCGAAAUUCCGAAACAAGAAACAAAAUUCUCUGGUCUGAUGAGACAAAGAUUGCCGUUCCUUCACUGUUAGCCCGGAUUUCAUUUCUACUCAAAGCAAUCAAUUACAACAUACAUAGAAAUUUAAGUUUGAUUGCAUUACUAUCAAAUGUAAGUGCAUUCUACUAAUUAUAAGUAUAGUCUACUUACAUUUGAUUGUAAUGCCAUGAAUGAAUAACUAAGUUAAAUGAGAAUAUAAUUUUUAAGUUUAUGUCAUGUGUACGACUCUUGAAUUCCCGCCACAACAGAAUUUGAAUCUCCGUGAUUAGUGCUGCAUUCACGUGAUGUAGGAAGUUCACGGGCAUGGUUGCUACAAAAAAGAUGUUUUAAAAUGUAAUACUCAGAACAUUUAAACAAUAAUACAUGGGUAGCUGUUUCCUGUUAUGAUUCAUGAUUCAUGUUGUUAUCAACUAUGCAGAAAGAGUUUGAAGCUUUAUUUUAUUGAUUUUAUUUCAGACUUGUUAGUACUCUACAUUCCCUAAAAUCAAUAAAAUAAUGAUUUGUUAUCAGGGUUUAUGUAAAUGAAUAAUUUUUAUCACUAAUCUAAGUCACUCUACAUGGAGAGCAAUGUACUGUAAUACCAUAUUACACAUGACAUGUGAGCAAAAUAAAUGUAUGCAGUGAUCAUGUCGUUUUUGUAGUUGGAGAUUCAUUUUUCCGAUUAUUCUGACAGCACUUGAAUGCAGCAUAACUGUAGCCUGACGGCCUGAAACGAAACCUAACAGACGUUACUUCUCCUGCCAGCCUGUUUGGAUGUCGGUGAAUGUUCACCUGUUGCGUCGUCGCUGCUAUUGAGUCCGACAUACAUUUUACCAGCCUUUUACAGCGAGGAGCUGUGUGUGACCAGUGUUCCACUACCACGCAUCCUGUAGCUUCUUUUAUCACCGAGCGAAGCUGUCGGCGGGCCCCUGCCCAGAGCCUGCCUCACGUAGAAGAGACCGGACGCCUGUAUUUGGUCUCAAGAAGAAAUGCUGUGGAAGUGAAAGUACUGCCUUCUCAUGUUUGAAAAGAGAGCACAGCUAUUUUAACAUUAUAGGCUCAAACAUGGGAGUUAUGCAAGAACAGAACCAUUUCCUUGCCUACAUCAGGAAUGUCUGUGUACAUUUAAAUCACUCAAUGCCCUAAAAAUACACUUAUCCCGCAUUCACACCAAAAAUCCAGAACAGCAACCAGUUGUAGAUAUACCAGUAAAGUUUAUCAUGUGGGUUUGCUGAGUCGUGUUCUGAGGCUGACUACUUUAGUCACCUGCAUAAUGCAAACUUAAAAGUCUACCAUAAAGUCAGUUACCCUUACAAAGACUGUAACUUUGAAAGCAGUGUCUACUCCACUUUCAAAGCACACAAGGAACAUGACUGGAAGAAGUUCAAGUCAGAAAUUAUUGGUUGUGAUUAUGUCGGUCAUGAUCAAGCAGCACAAGAGCAAAUAUCACAUGCUGAUGACAUGGCAGAUUUGGAAGUGGUGAGUGAAGAAGCCAGUGAGAAUGAUGUUCGUGAUUUAGAAAAGCAGCUAGAGCACAACUUGGCAUCUCUUCAGUUAAAGAUGCAAACUGUUAUGCACAUACCAGAGAGUUCGGUGCAAGAAGUAUUACAACAGCUUUGUCAAAUCAAUAAGCUAUCAGAGCCACUUCUGCAUAAGAAAGUGAGGACCACGCUAAAUAAAUACUUUGAUAAGGUGGAUGAUAAGUUUGUGAGAGAGAUUUCUAGUGCUGUGUCAAGAGUGCAACAUGAUGACAUUUUGUGACAAAGAUGGACCCUUAGGAACUGCUAAAAGGAGAGCAGCCUAUGUACGCAAAGAGUUCCCACUGGUAAACCCUAUUGAAUAUGUUGUUGAAAAAGGCAAAAAACCACUUGCAUAUGUCCCCAUUGUCCCAAUGCUCCAGAAGCUGCUUAACAAAACUGAUGUGUUAAGAUAAAGCUAUGUCAGAUAAAGUCCAUGUUCCGCAGGAUUACAGAUCCUAUGCAGAUGGGCAGUACUUUAAUGAAAAUUAUCUUCUUGCAAGUGACGAGUUCACAAUUGCUCUUGGCCUUUACAUUGACGACUUUGAAGUAGCCAACCCUCUAGGAACGUCACGGCUGAAACACAAAAUGUGUGCAGUAUAUUGGGUCAUUGCCAACAUACCUGCAAAAUAUAGAUCCACCAUCAACUCUAUCCAGCUUGCUCUACUAUGCAAUACCUCCACAGUAAAAGAGUGUGGUUAUGCAAAAGUUCUGCAACCUCUCAUCUAUGAUCUAAAGACAUUGGAGCAAAAUGGUGUUUACCUAGAGCAACUAGGUGCAAGUGUGAAAGGCACAGUCUUAUAUGUUGCCACUGAUAAUCUUGGUGCUCACUCCCUUGCAGGAUUCCUGGAGAGCUUCAAUGUUGACAAGUUCUGCAGAUUCUGUUUGGCAAGCAGUAGAGACGCACAACAGCAAGAGAUGGCUCUGCAAGAGAAAUUUAUCAUGAGGCUUAUUGUCUCUGAGGGAGAUAUCAGAGAUAUCAGAAAGUUGACAAUGACAACACGACCGGAUAGACUUGAAGAUUCGAUUGGCUGGCUUAAAGGCACUCUCCAAGCAAACUACAGCUUCGUCUUACAAUACCAAGACCCUGACUUUAACAACAAACUGUGUAACCUUGCAGAUGUCUCUGAGCUCCCAGAUAAACCAACCAUCAAAAUCAUCCCUAUGAUUGACCUUGUACCAGUCACUGAAGCAGUCACUGAACAAUCUGGAUUGUGUAGUGACAGAAGUAGCCAGGCAGACACCAAAAUCCUGUCCACCUCCUCUCUGGAUAGAAGUGUGCAGUGGCCAGAGGUUUGCUACGAGUUCACCCGAGUGGUGGGGCAAAAUCUCAGAGAAAACUUCUUUGAGUCACUUGACCGUUUCUCACCAAACUUGAUGGACCUCUUCAGGAAGAAGAGGGGCCUCACCGGACAACUUUUAACUGAUCUUUUAUGUCAGACAAAGACCACUGAGCCAACAGACAUCAGGUGCCUUUGUCUUCGGGGACUGACAGUCAUUUUGGGGGAUGAUCCCUCUGCGUUCUUCAAAACCUGCUCUGAUGUGACUGACAAGGACUUGUACAGUCAGACUCCAGUGGGAAUCCUCUGCAUUGAAGAACAUCCUCAGCUCAACCCAUCCAGAGUGGCCAUCGUCUUGGAAGGGACUGUGGUGAUGGAGGAACUGGCCAACCUACCACAGGCCUUCUGUGUCCUUUUUGGACUGAUUUAUACCUUGCCCUUGGAUUACCCCAAGUGCAUGAAAAACACUUUCCAGUUUAAUCAACAGGUGAUGCUCAACCUGGGCAGAGGUGAGCUGAAACCCAAAAUUCAAUCUUUGAUGAAUCAACUCUCAGGGUGUUGAAUACACUGCUCUGGAUAUUGGUGCUUAGUUAUUUGUAAUGUUGCACUUUUAUAACACCAUGUUUACCGUUGGAACCAUAUGCAAGUUUUUAUAUAUUGCCAUGGAUUUUGCAAUUUGAUUCCAUCCUGAUUCUUAUGUGAGUUAUGUAUGGACAGAGAUAUGUGCCACUAGAAACUGAAUUAGAUUUAUUGACAUUUGAAUUUGAAUUGCUCAAUUUGAAUACUUUAAGUAAAAAAAUUAAUUUGGAUCACAUAAUUUGAAUUUGUAUUGUUUAACUUGAAUAACUGAAUUGAAAAAAAUAAUAUGAAUAGCAUAAUUUAAAACUCAAUUUAUUUGCUUUGAAACUAUUCAGUUUCCAUAAUUCAAGUAAUCAAAUUGAGCAAUUCAAAUUAUGUCAAUAAUUCAAAUUCAGUUUCUAGUGGCACAUAUCUCUGUCCAGUCAGGUUAUUAGCACUGAUCUAACAGUUUGGUUCCAUUCCUAUUGCUAACUACAGUAUGUUUUAUAGCACUGAUUUUGCAAUUUGAUUCCAUCCUUAUUGGUAUGUGAUUCAUGUUAUUAGCACUGAUCUAGCAUCUAGCAUUCCAUUCCACUUGCUAUGUUUUAAGGCAUUGGUACUGAUUUUGUUUAAUUCCAUCCAGACUCACAAGAGUCCUACUUGAUGCAGUCUUUGAUUUGAUGUGAUAUUUUGAAUACAAACCUAUUCUUUUUGUAUAAAAUGAUAUAGACACAGAUGCAACUCCAUUAUAGUUCAGCAGACCAAAGAGAGAUUGUAACUUGCGGUGAGAGUGACUGCAUUAAUGUUCUCACACUGUACUGACAUUGUUGUUAAAAUGUUAAGAGGCAAGGUUUUUGUGACCUAACUUUAAUAAAAUAUGGAAAAAAUGUA